AUGCUGGAUCAAGAACUAGGCGAACCUCUCAGCAGGAUUACAAACGUUCGCAUACCACAUCAACCGUCGUCAUCGCUCUGGGACAUCGCCAUUGAGGAUGGAAAGAUAGCCUCAGUAGACGCCCACGACAGCUCAUUGGUCCACAAUAGCAAAGACAUGCUAGAUGGAGGCAACCGUCUCAUUGCGCCUUCGCUUUGUCACGCCCACAUCCAUCUCGACAAAUGCUUCCUUCUUCAAGACCCCAAAUUUCUUGAUCUCCAAAUCGAAAGUGGCGACUUCAAGGAGGCUAUGGAGAUGACGGGCGAGGCAAAGUCGAGGUUUGAGGAAGAUGAUCUGCUCAGGAGGGGCACCCGUCUGAUCGAAGAAAGCAUCCAGCAUGGUGUCACAGCUAUGAGAGCAUUUGUAGAAGUUGAUGGGGUAGUACAGUUGAAGUGUUUACAUGCGGGUCUCGCAUUGAAGCAAAGGUUCGAAGAUCGAUGUGAAGUGCAGAUCUGCGCAUUCGCCCAGCUCCCGCUAUUUUCUGGUGAGGAUGGAGGUGCAGAAGUAAGGAAGUUGAUGACUACAGCUGCAUCUUACAAGAAUGUGGACGUGCUUGGAAGUACGCCCUAUGUUGAAGAUAACGAAGAGAAACCUAAAGAUAAUGUGCGAUGGAUUACUCAAUUAGCCCUGAAGUAUCACAAACAUCUGGACCUCCACCUAGACUACUUCCUGGAAGAAGACAGACAGCCUUUGGUCUGGGAAACACUGAGCAUGUUCAAAGAACUAGAAUGGGAGAGUAAAGGCGGAGACAAACAGAUUACACUAGGUCAUUGCAGCCUUCCCGUCUCUUUCGUCGGCCUGCCGACUUCUGAUCUUUUCAUGAUGCGAACACCGGAGAACGUACGAGGGACAUUGCCUAUAACUGAACUGAUCAUCGAGCACGGCUUCGAUGCAGCAAUUGCUGUGAAUAAUGUGGGUAAUGCAUUUACGCCGUAUGGCAACUGUGAUCCUCUGGUCGUCAGUAUCAGGUCGUCAGUGAGACCCAACCAAGUCGCCAUCAUGGACACUCACAGCGUCGGCGAAGCGCAACCUCCCGUGGCUGAGUCGCCAAGUAUUAACGGCUUAGGACACCCUACAGUGGCGGAAGACAACCGCGGACAAGUUCAUCAUCAUUUUCCAGUAUUCAACCGUUCAACUACUACCAUCUCGGAUGUCGUUGAUACAUUUCUAAGCAAUAUCAAGUUGCGUUUUGGUGACAACUCGUCUGAGGUGGCUACCAUCCUCAACGUGUUGGGCGCGUUCAGAGCCGGGAAGGCGUCGAAGAAAGACACUCUUAUCACGAUCCGGAUUACCCUUGGUAACCAAAUAGAUCUAAAGCAAGACCUGAUGAACAUACUGUUCCAUGGAGACGCAGACUGGGGCAUGGGCGAUUUCGAUUUUAGCUGCCAUCAACCCACCAAUCCUCCUAGUCCUAGCCCGCGAUUCCUACAGCCGGUCCAUCAGCCUCAGAUGCACCUACCUUCUCCAACAUGGUUCAAAGGUAGCCAGGCGUUCAUGUCAAGUAUCCCAGCUGUGACGGGUGGCUAUAUUGGGCACUUUGGCUAUGACCAGUCUGCUUCACCAGCAACACUGCAGACACCCCCGGGUCCUUUUGGCACUCCCAAUGCGUUUACAUCGCCUCAUGUAGCUGAACCAUUGUCGUAUAAACAUCAAAUGAGAGAAACCUACGAGACGGAGACGAGCCCUCAAGGCCUACAUUUUGAUCACAUACAGCCUGGAUGGGGCCGAUCAGAGCACCAAUCUACUCCUUACUAUGGCCAAACCUGCUCCCCCGAGGCGUUCAACCCGGUGCUUCAUCGUGCACAAUCCUUUGCUAGCCACCAUGUGGAAACUUCCACCUCCUCCCAUGGGAAUCGCCCACAUGAAGUUGUGUCGUCUGAGAGGACAACUUCUGCAACAGCCAGCCCAUCUAUUCUCGGAGCUCCCAUUGCAGUUCCUGUAGGUCAGCUUUUGGAUGACUCGCACGAACCUCCGAAGAAGCGUCGCCGCCAAAAAUCGACCACCCGCCUUCAGUCAAGGGACAGUACAUGCGUAGAAAACGAUCCCGGAGACGAGGAGCCCACCCCUUCAGUACACAACACCCAAUCGACCCUUUCAACCCAGCCAACGAAGGAGCACAAGGAGAACCAAGCUCAGGAAGGAGGCUUUGCACCGUACAUACACAAGCUUUGUGGAAAGGGCUUCUCUACUAGGUCUAAAGUCAAGAAGCAUCAUUGGGGAACAAAGAUGGAUGAUCUGGAAACAACUACAGGUUGUUGGGCGAAGCACAAGAAGCCAAACAUGACUUGGAAUGAGCAUCCAAGCUGCCAAGAUGCAUCAACGGCGAUCAAGAAAAUCAGUCCUGCUUUGAAGAGACAGAGGCCGUCCAGGAAGAGAGCUUCAUCAGUUUCACCACCGGUGCCCACUCCUCACGACCUUCCUCAACCCUCUACCGAUCUGUAUGAUCCGCACGGAGAGGCUCUUACUGUCAGAGACCCAGGUUCAUAUCAUUCUCAUUACCUCCCUAGUCGAACCAGUUUUGACAAUCUGCUCACUGCUGUCAAUGUGGCCGCCCAAGUCGAUGCACCACAGCCGCAAGGACGCAUCGACUCCGUGGUCUCUCAGCUUGAUGCUCAGGCAGCCGCUAUCGAACGUAAUAGGCAGUAUGUUGCCAAUUGGCAAGAAACCUCCGGUAUCCCUCAAAGUGAGUCCGCAUACGGUCGACAUCACCCAUACACUGCGCAGGGACUUGGCAUUAGCUACCCGUUCGGGGGCAUACAUGUACCUCUGGACGUAGCGCUACCAGGCCGAAGGGCAGCCCGUGCACCCAAUCCUUCUCCAGGUUCUCCCACAGAUGGUUAUUGGGAUGAUACCAAUACGCGUAUCUUGGACGACAUGCAUAGCAGGGGCGCUACUCUCCAGCCACCUUUCUCUCCCAAGUCAGAACCAAAGAACAGGCGGAUCUAG